AUAUUUUUCAUAAAUAAUAACCUUUUAUAGUAACCAACUUAUAUUUAUAGUUUCCAAUCUCUAAACCUACCUAGGUAUACUAUAAAAGUACAAUAAAAUAAUAAUUGUUAGUAAAUAGUAAGUUUAUCUGUGCCGACGUUAAACCUAUUAAAAAUUCAACGACGUGUCGAUCUCUAUAAUGACCUCAUUGAUUUUCAAUUUUAUAUACAUUUUUAUCUGAGUCUUUAUUACACAUAAGUAUGAUAUUAAUUACUUUACACAUUGGAUCGUAAAAAUAAAUCAUUUGACAAUAAAAUAAUCAAUUACAGACCAAUGGAAAAAUGUUUGAAUCGUAAAACAAAUGACCUAAACUGUCCAUAUCGGGCCCUGUGUACGUUUAUGGCAUAAACAUCACAAUAACAACAUAAAACCUAUACUUAUGCAAUGUUCUACUGCCACACCGCCGUACCACCGACCUGAUAAAGCUGAAAAGGCAAGUUAAGCCUAUAAAAACCCUGCACUAAACACCGUCUAGCGAUCAAAAAUGUAGUAAAUAAAUAAACACGUCAGACAAUAAACGGUUUUAUUUAAAUUGUCGUAAAGAUUACAGUUCCACGUGUACUCUAUGUGGUUACGACUUAAAAGGAUGAAUGAAAUGCGUGAAUGAAAGGACAAUGUUUGUUGGAGAGGGAUGAAUGAUACCAGUUCGACCACGUGGCCGGCGUAACACAGUUCGGUGCAAUUCUUAUUGGGGUUUAUUAUUGUUGCGUUCCAAUUUGAAUGGAGUAUGUACUGCAAGCUUUCUUAUCAGAAUAGUUUUUUUUAUUAAAAAUUAUACAUUUUAAUAGAUUAAAUGACCAAGUAUUUUGUUAAUAUUGUAGCAUUAGUUUAACAAAUCAAUAUUUGUGAUAUAUUACCUAAAUUGAUUGCCAAACGUUACAGUACAGUAUUGAAAUUUGAUUAAGGUUUUUUUUGACAAAUUAAAUAUUUGUUGUUAUGUCUCAUUAUAGUGACUUUGUUAACAUAUCAAAAGAUAUAUCUUUGUAUUGCCACGUAAUACGUAGGUACAAUGUAUAUAGAUACUAAACAACAUUACCGACCUAUUUAGGUUCAAUAGUCGAUUUCAUGAGACCCAGAAUUCCAGUAGGUCUCUAUUGCAGUAGCUACUGAGAAAGGAGAUCACAAAAAGAUAUGCUUUUUUUUUCCUAAAUUCAGCGGCCCUACAUCUGAUCUUAUAAGUAUCUCCUAACCUAUUAAGACGUCCUUGGACUAAUGUAUUCUUUAUUACUUUGAUAAAUAUUUUUUUGCUUCUUUGUAUAAUAAAAAAUUAUUAAAAAACAUUGUGUGUUGUUAUUAAUUCACGAUUUAAUUAAAACUGUGGCAACCGCCAUGUGAGGCUUGACUACUACGCCAAGCGUCAUUCACUCUACAGUGUAAUGCGACAUGUGAAUUGGAACGGUGGGUGAAAAAAAAUCGAGACUAUGAAAAACAAAUCUCACUUUAAAAUAAAAAAUCUUUCUAUAGUGAUGUCAACUUAUUGUCCUAUCGUAUUAUGAGAUAUUGAAUAGCAUCCGUGUUUGCCCUUACAAACACUAUCAGUUAUAUCCAUAUUGCAUUAUUAUUGGUAUUGCAUAAUUAUUUAUAGAUAGGAAUUUUUGCUACAGGUAUGUUUGUAUUUUUUUGUAUUUUAAUUUUUAGUCUUUUAUUUACGGUUUAGAAUUCGAUAUAACCUGUGAUUUUGUCGAAUAGACACUAGAAUACGUACUUAUAAUUACAAUUCUCAUUUGAGAAAUUUACUGAGGUAAAGAUUUAUAGAAGGUUUAAUUAGGUUAAAUUAUCGCUUAUUUUUUUUAUAAAAAGUUUAAAUAAAAAAAAGAUAUUUUCCAUUAUAACUAAUUAAGAAGUAGCAUAAUGAAUAUCUUAAUUCUGUUCUGUUUUCCUACAAAAAAAAUAAAAAAGUGAUUUAUCUACUACCUAAAAGGUAAAGGGUUCGAUCCCCUCUGGACUACUGUCGUACUAUAGGUACCGUACUAUACUUACAGUGUUGAACGGGAAUAUUGGUAUAAAGAUAGACUUUAUACCAACGUUUUAUUAAACAGUGGCAACUUUAAUAUUCUAAAUAUCUUUCAUGUUUAUGAAUUAUGGUAAAAAUGUUAUGCAACAACCAAACUUACUUCCCGGAUCUAAAAGUGAUUUCAAAUUAUCAGUAAAACAAAAAGUAAAUAUCAAAUAAUAGAUACAUGAUUUUUAUUGAUACUUAGUAGGUAGACACAGGUACCAACAUGACUUAAUAAUUAUGGACCUUUUAAUGUCAAUUGUAAGAUAUAAUUUUAUAUCGUCAACUAAUAUGCGGAGUAAAAGUGUGUAUGUUAUUAAAUUAUAGAUAAAUUGGUCAUUUACUUUAUAAUAAGAUUUACUUAACAGCCAUUUUAUGAUUUUACCCAACAAACUAUAUUUAUUAUAAACUUAAUACAAAAUAAUGAAAAUAAGCAUUCUCACUGUUGCUUUAUUGUUGAAAACCAUUCACUUUGACAGCUAGAAGUGCCGGAAUGGUUUGUGAUUGGCGGUGAAUGUUCUGCACCGGAUCACUAUUGGCGUAGACGAGCAGAGCGCGGGGGUGCGCGGGGACCAGCGCCAUUACGAACAAUGGCCGGCGGAACAGUCGUUAGCGAAUAGCUUUUAUCUCUUUCUAAUGUAAGCCACGCAGGUAGGAAUUAAUGAGACGGCGAUGGUUCCGGCGCGUCACUCCGCACAAUCAGUGCGUCCCGUUCGCACGCACGUGCUACGUUUCGCCGUCUCGCGUGCGGCGCGCGGCAGCGGUAACGCUCGCCACGACGGGAAUUCAGAGUCGUAGAGCCUCAUACGCGGGUCAUAAACGAUCCGCGGCCAUACUAGAGGUGCACGCGCGAGAAUCGAUCCGAAUCGCCGGCGAUAAACGCAUCUCCCGCGAGGCGAUCGUCGCGCGCCGCGUCGCCGCCGAGCGAUGAGUUCCAAGUUCAUCAUCGAUAGCAUGCUCCCCAAGUACCACCAGCAGUUCCAUCACCAGAACUUGUUCGCGGGAGCCGGAGCUUCGCCGAUCGAGGCGUCGUUGUCGUCGUCGCUGUCGUCGUCGUUGUCGACGUCGCUGUCGUCGUCGCUGUCUGGCGGGCUGGGGGCGGCCGCGCUGGGGGCCGGCUCGCCGGGUGCCGGGAGCCCACAGCGCUCGUCGUCGUCGUCGUCGGCGUCGCCGGGCGCGCCGGCGAGGAUGUAUCCGUACGUGUCGCACCACCAGCAGUUCGGGGGGUCGGUGCCGUUCCCCGCGGGCGGCGGGCUGGCGGACGACAAGAGCUGCCGGUACCCUGGGGCCGUGAGCGGCGACCCCAUGGUGAACUACGCGCUGGGGCAGCACAACGGCGGCGCGGCGGUGUCGGCCGCGUCGGCCAGCAUGGCGGCGGCGGCGCAGUUCUACCACCAGGCUGCGGCGUCGGCCGCGUCAGCCGCGUCGGCCGCCUCCGUCGACGCCAUGGGCGGCACGUGCGCGCAGCCGUCCGCCCAGCCGCUGCCCGACAUCCCGCGCUACCCCUGGAUGUCCAUCACCGAUUUUCCGUUUCCAGAUUGGAUGAGCCCCUUCGACCGCGUGGUCUGCGGUGAGUUCAAUGGACCGAACGGCUGUCCAAGGCGACGGGGAAGGCAAACUUACACGAGGUUUCAAACGCUAGAAUUAGAAAAGGAAUUCCAUUUUAACCAUUAUCUGACGCGCCGACGCAGGAUAGAGAUCGCGCACGCCCUGUGUCUCACAGAAAGACAAAUCAAAAUAUGGUUCCAGAAUCGACGAAUGAAACUAAAGAAGGAGCUGCGCGCAGUGAAAGAGAUAAACGAGCAAGCGCGCCGGGAGCGAGAGGAACAGGACCGGAUGAAGCAGCAGCAGCAGGAGAAGCAGGCCAAGCUGGAGAGCCAGCACCACGGCCACCACGUGACCCACCACCACGACCCAAUGAAAAUGCCCAUCGACAAGGGCUCCAGCGAUAUCCUCAAAGUGAAUAAAGUGCCGACGUAAGGCGCUCGCGAGCCGCUUAAACCCUGACUGAUACUGUAUCAUAUAGUGUGAAUACAUGAAUGGAAGUGUUACGUCCAUAAGGACCUGCGGGCACCGUUAGUUUCCUAUCCACUAGUUUUAUGUUUUGCGGCUGAUUGAGUAGGAGUGUCGCCUCGUUGUGGAGGUUGUCGGUGACUUUGAUUAUCGUAUUGAUGUUCCUUUAGUGCGAAGGACUUGCCUCGAUGUCGUUCGCUGUGGACAGGCUGGUGAAGUGCUUUAAGCAUUUAUUUUGUUGCCAUAACCACACCAUGUAUUGCAAUAAUAUUUUACUAAAUUUUACAAAAACGUUAGUAUAUCGCUCUAAGAUUUACAAGCCCGAGUGAAUUUCGGUAUUGUUAGUUAAGAUUUAAAAUCUGUGAAUCUCAUAGUAUUUAUUGCUACCACUUAUUUUAAUCCAUUAUGUUAUAUUUUUUUAUUAAUAGAUAUUAUAUUAUGUACAUUUUGAUGUAUAUUUUAUUAUUUGUCUGCUAUUAGUGGACUGGUUAUGUUUUGAGAGUCACAUUUUUAUGAUUCUAAAAUUUGUUAUUUUAGCGGUUGGUUUCAAAAAACGUUGCUUUUAUUUUCGUCCAUAACGUGAAUCAGUUUGGUAGUUAGGUCCACAAAUUGUUGUUUGAUUUAAAACAUUUUGUUUAUUUAUAGUUUUAUUUAUCCGCAGUUUUAUAAACAAUAUUUUUAUUAUUCUCGUAAGAGCGUUAGACGAUUAAUUGUAACUAAAUACGUAUCGAAGUACAAUUGCGUGUAGGUUCUCAUCGUAACGAAUGUUGUUUUGUAAUCAAGGUUUUCAUAAAAAAAAAAAAAAAUAUUAAAUGCGGUAUUUUUGAUGAUGAUUCUACUUUAAAGUAGUUAAACCAUGUCCAGAUAUUUGACAUUAUUUGAAUUUCAAGUAUUAUAAAAAUACAGUGUGUCCAUACUUCCCAAGUCAUCAAAUGUUCAAAAUUAUAUACGUAACAUUGAUACAUAUAAUAAACAAUAAUGUGACUAAAGUAAAUUUUACAUGUAAUUUUAAAAUUGACUAGAUUAAGUGUAACAUAUAAAUAGAUAAUGUAGGUUCAACUUUAAAUAAAGUAUUGCUAAGAUUUUAGCUAAAUGAUCCUACAGUGGGACGGAAUAUAAAAUUAUAAAUAUUCUGUCCGUUUCUUAUUUUGUGCAUGAUUUUUUCUAAUAAUAAUAAACGGUCAAUAAUAAUUGCAAAUGAUUGCAAUAACUUUUUCUUAAUAAAAUGCUUAUUAAGCUGACAAUAUUUUGCUAGAAAACUUUCUAUUUUUGCUUCUACAUCCGCAUUGUGCCAAAAUAUUGUAAAAACUAAAUUAACUUGAUAUUUUGAAUCAAUUAUGGAACAAAUUCACUUUUAAGUUUCUCCGAACAAAAAGCACAGAAUUCCUCUAUACGUAAAUCAGAACAAAUAUUUAAUUAGGACUCUAAAUUUAGUGUUGAUAGUCACCAUUAUACGUAAAUUAAUGUCAGGGUAGAAUUAAAGAAAAUUUAAAUAAAUAUGUGUAUUAAAAUUAAAAAAAAAUGUUCGCUUAAUUUUGAUAAUAAUCAUCACUCAAUAGAUCUGUCCACUGUAUUAUUCGUAUAAACAUUAUCAUAAAUAUCAGUAGCAGUAAUUUUAAAUAUAUACAUUAUACAUACAUAUGCCAAUAUCAUUAGCGCAAGAUCCUUUUAGGUGUAAGGAGCUCAUAGUACCUACAUGAUUAUAUUAUCACUACAUGGAGUGAAAAUACGGAUUCAGUUGAAUAAAUAACUAUAUAAAUUCCAAAAAACUUAAUCUCAGCAAUAAUAAAUCUAUAAAUUACAUUAUAACUAUGUACAUAUAUACAUGAUACAUGUAAGAAGUACAUAUAUAUCCAGAUCUAAUUGAAAAUUAAGUGGAUAACUUUAAGUUUUUAAUUUUAUUUACCAGAAAUACGUAUGUAACUUUUCUAUUUAUACUACAUAUUAUGUUUAAAUAUCACCUAUCGAUGGGUAUUAUAUUUUUUUAUCAAGAAAAUAUAUUAUCACACGUUUUAUACUUCCAUUUAUAAUGUAUUUCCCCAAAUUAGUGUGCUUCAUUUUAUUUUUAAAAUGUAUAGUAACAUCACUUAAAUGAAAUUAUAAAAAUUUUACAUUUCCCGUUAUGAAUAUGUAUGAAAUUGAUUACAAAUAGACAUACUUUCGCAAUAUUAUUAUACUAUAUACCUGUUAAGCAGUUACAUAUUCCACGAGAGGGGAAAGAAAAUGAUAUAAUAAAUUCUAUAAAUUGAUGACAUGCUGAUAGAUUAGGUAUUCGAAGAAAUCCAAGUUUAUAUACAUAAAAUAUAAUUUAUAUUGAUAUAUCGGCAAAAGCCAGAUAUGUGCAAUAACUAGAUAUUGGAUACAUUUCUCAUGAGCCAUAGUUGUCGUAUAAGAUUACUGUAUAAGGUUGUCAUUAGUAGGUAAAUCCUUUUAUCCCAUUUUACGUUAACUAUGAAUUAAAAUCGAACAAAAUGUACUUAAGUAACUUUGGUAUAUGUAGGCUUUAUAAAUUAUAAUGCAUAGAUUUUAAUGUAGCCACUGGUAAUAAACUUAAGCGUAAUGAAUCCGGAGAAGUAUUUGAUUAAAAAACGCUUAUUUACCUAUUUAGUACCACUCGUAAUUAUUAUGAUUGGAUGAUAUGAAACUCGGAGACUAUUUCGAAUGGACGGAGCGUACACACUGGUGAAUGGACAUUGGAACUAUGCAUCGAGAAAGAAGAGACAUCUCUGGAGGACGCAAAAAAUAGUGUUUUAAUAAACGCUGAAAAUUUGUAACAAAACACACAUAAAUAUUGGGGUGCCAAUGAAUAAAAAUUCGCAGUUUAUUGAUUUAAUUUACUUACGUGUUGGAUUAAAAAAAAUGCAAACAACAGACCAACUGAAAACUAUGGUCGUUUUAUUUCGGCUACACUUGUCAAAAAGGAUAACAAUAGCGCAUUUUUCAAAAUAACUAACUGAUCGAUUGUCGACGACCGAUUUCGAUUAGAUUUUGAAUUGCGUGAUGCUAUUACACUAUAAAUAUAAUAAACAUUAUAAACUAAACAGAGAUUCUACAAAUUUUCAGCUUUCAUCAAACACCUCAAAACCCUCGGAAUAUAACGCAAUGUGUGUAUACGAACUAAUAAAUUGUUAUAUAUGCAUAUUGAGAAAAUAUUUUAUCCCGUUAUUAUUAAUUUACAUUAACGGUUAUUGUUUCGUUAUUUUUAUGGGUCUGUGCAAAUUAGUACCCGUUUAUUAAAUAUCGGCAUAACAUCGUUUUUAUUACACUGUUUCAAUACUUAUUAAUUAGGUUCCGAUUCAAACAAUACAUUUAAAGUCAGGGAUCCCUAGAACAUUUUGUCACAUGAUAACUAACAAGCUAAUUUUUCGUGACUAGCUUCAUCUCGAUGAGACGAUGAACUUUAUUAUUUACGAAAAUUCUUGAUUCUGGUAGCUAACUGAGUUACCAGGAAAUGAAAAUUUCAGAAAGUCGGAACAAGAUAUAAUACCAUGCAAUUUGUAGGACAAUGUAGCUGUUAACUUGUAUAUCUAUAAAUUAAGCAACAGUAAAAAAAAGAGCUGGUUAGUAACAUCUUUUAAUAACCUCGUUAUUGAUACAAGUUGGGAAGAGGAUAGAGUAACAAAAGUUGUUACUAAUCAGAUGUUUUUUUUACUGUUGAUCAAUUAAUACUUUUACAACUUAACAGCUACAUUGUCCUACAAAUUGCGUGGUAGGUACAUUAUCUCGUUCAGACGCUCUGAAAUUUUCAUUUUCUGGUAACUCAGUUAGUAAAUAAAAAAGUUGAUCGUCUCAUCAAGAUGAAGCUUUUCACGAAAAAUCAGCUUGUUUAGUAAUCAAGUGUACAAACUGUUCUAGGGAUCCCUGACUAAUAGGUAACUGGUAGCAUACGAUAGUAAUAUUUGUGUGUAUGUACGUCCGAUGAUUUAUGUCAGGUUCUCUUUAUUGUUUCUGCCUCGUAAAGAACUGUAGAUAAUUCACGUGAAACAAUGAGCAAUUUGUUAAAUAGAUUAUAUACGACCUCCAUCCGUAAUGCUGUCUUGCCAUAUUGCUAGUUUUAGACUAUAGGUAUUACUAUAAUGCCUAUUUGAAUACAGAUUUUCAAUAGUUGUAGCAAAUAUAUAUCCUACAGUUAUGUAUCAAUCAAUUUUGUUAUUUAAAAAAAAAACUUUCCCAGUUGCUGUCUUUUUUUACAUAUUUUUGUUAAGUUAAAAAAUUUACAUUUUUUGAAUUUAUAUUAUUAUUAACGAGACUUCCGUUCUACUAGGUUACUUAUAAAUCGGUUAAUUUUAUCUUAAUAUAAUUGUAGUUAUGUAUGUAUGUAACUAUAUCUUUAAUUAUACUGUCUUACAAAAUAAGUGUAAAUAGUCGUGAAAGUUUUAUGUGGCGCAUUAUUUUUUUGUUCAUAUUUUUUUUUGUUUCAUGUUAUGUAUUUAUGUAAUGAACGUACAUUUUUGUGUGAUUUCACUCGAUCAAAGAUACCGAGUAUCAAAAAAAAUAUUACUGGAAACGAAUUUUUUUAACCUUGUACCUAUGUAAUUGAUUGACAUUCUGUCAUUUGUAUACCCACAAUUUACCCACAAUUUUUGAAGUCGAAAGUGAAAUUUAAAUUUUUGAAGUGUUACAACAUUAAUUAAUACAAAUCUGUCAAACAUUGUAAGAAGAGACUAAUAAAGGUAUGAUAUUUAAUGUAAAGGAAACCUAUAAUUCUUCUACAAUAGUUACAGUAGUAUAUUUUGUUAUUAUUUUUUCAAAAAUAUCUUUGAUGUUUUUGAUAUUUUCUUUGGUCUUUAUUUAUAAGCAUUUCUCUCUGUUUCCUUUUGUGAUAUAAUUUAUCUACUAGAUUAUAAUCAAAAUCUAGAUACUUAGGUACAUACAUAUAUUAAUUAUUCUAAAUAGAAUUUGGUCUGUCUGGAAAAUUAAAAAAAAAUUGGUAACGCAGUUUUUCUUCGACUGGGUUAAUGGCUUAACCGUUGAUGACCAUUUUAAUUGAUUAUGAAACACGUCUAAAACUCACGUGAUACAACGUCGGAGUAUGCCAGACUAGUUUCGAAUGCAUACGGGGUCCUUAGUCAUGAGCUGGUUCUUGCAACGCGGUACGAUUCAAACUUGUGUAUUCAUAAUCAAUUAAUAUGAAUAACAUUCACGAUAGUUUAAAUUUUAAAAACGAUGACCAUUUUGUGGAACCAAUCAAUUCCAAAAUUUUUUGGUCGAGUGAAAUCCAAUGUGCAAAUCAACGUGACUGUGUCGUGUUAUUAUUAAGGAAAUAGUUGGGUGAUUGUAUAUGUAACCCGCAUUCAAUAUUGUAAUAUUCAUUUCGAAAAUUCAAGAGAAUAAAGAGUUAAUAAAACAA